AUGGCUUGAUGAUAAUUGAAAAGGUUGUCGUGCUGAAAACAAGGUCAAAUGAUCAAAAAUGAUAAAGCGUAGGUCAGAUAUCAGUGUGAUUUACCCACUAUCGAGUCCCUUGGUUCCAUUUGGCAGCCUGCUCUGAUCAUCUGUGUCAGGAUUCUUUCCACAGUUCAAGUUUGUUCUCGAAACCAUGGCGGCUGAUCAGCUCAAAAUCCUUUCGCUCUCGUUCAAUGUGGCCAAGACCAUGCCUUCUCAGGAUGAGGCGAUGAGAAAUCAAUGGAAAUCCAUGUUGGGUCUCUUGGGCCAGGAACCAUUACCAGAUUUAUACGCCAUCAGUUUGCAGGAAGUUUCUGUGGUACCAUACGUUUAUGAGUCUUUGAUAAAGGGCAAUGAUGCUUGGAUGAGCAUAAUCACCAAUCUCUUGUAUCAUCGUGGAUAUAUCCAGCUUCGAUACAUUAGAGUCUUGGGGACGGUUUUGGCCGUAUUCGGUCACACGAAACAUCUUUUGAGACUUCGGCAUCUCGACACGACUUACCUGAGAGUCCGGAAUUUGGGUCAAAAAGCGGCCGUGGCCAUUCGAGUUCAGCUUUAUGGCGUUCAUUAUGCCUUCAUGGGUUGCCAUUUGACAGCACAUGAGUGGAACUUGGAGAAGAGAAUUGAAGACUACGAUUACAUUAUCGAGAAUUUGCUCUUUCCCGGUGGAGAUGAGUUUGCAAAUAUGCUCUAUCACGACUACAUCAUCAUUAUGGGCGACUUGAACUUUCGGUUGAAAUCGCAAAGCUUGGAUCAUGAUGAGAUCGUGACUUAUGUGGACAAAGGCGAUUUCAAGCCUCUGGUGGAACAAGACAGUCUCUUGUGGGUGCAGGAUGAGGGCCGAGCUUUUCAAGAGUUCUCUGAAGCUCCUAUCACAUUCUUACCCACGUUCAAAUUCAAGAUCGGCCAUCAAGAGCAUGAUCGGAAACGACGUCCGGGUUACACGGACCGAAUCCUUUACCGAGCCAAUACUUACAACCUUGAGGACGUUGCAAGAUUGGAUUUGGUCGCUGAUGAGUAUCAAAGUGUUCCGGAAGUGACUGCGAGUGAUCAUAAGCCGGUGAUUUGUUCUUUUACUAGUCGGAUCAUACCUCCAGAGGUAGCUAAUCGAAAGGCAUUGCCGGCCUACAAACCCAUUGUGGACUUUGACCAUGUCCAGGAUUGGAAAAAAGGGCUAAAUGAUCUCUUUGUCACGUAUCAGGUCAUAUCAGGUGAAGGACAUUACAUCACUGACUAUGAUUGGGUCGCUCUGUUUAAGGCGGAUUUCCAAUCCUUGGAGGACUUUGAGGCCUUCAUCUGGUCAUCUCAACAACGUCGUUCCCAAGUGAAGCAUGUUGUGGCCUUUGGCGAGGAGAUCAAUGUUGUCUCCCCUGGAAAGUAUUGCCUUCUCUACAUUGGAGCCAAAAACUGUAUCUUGGGACAAUCCAACAACUUUCAUAUCAUCGCGGAUGUGGUGUUUUAAAUCAAAUUGAUAUUGGUGUCAUGUACUUCAUCUACGGACUCACUCUUCAAACAAAAUACUACCCUUGUUUUGGUUGCAAAAAUGUUCAUAGCUAUUUAUACUCGAAAAUAAAGCAGCCUUUUGAUAUUAUA